UAUGUGAACAUGUGCGCGCAGUUAGAACCACCCUGUCGUUCUGUGAAGUAUUCCACGUUUUGUAAUAUAUGGACACAUUGUUUGCCACAUAUUAGGAUUGCUACUCCACGAGAUGAUGUGUGUGCCACGUGUGAAAAGAUGAGAAAGGCCAUUGUUGAUUCAGUUACGGAGGAGGAAAAGAUACAAUCAACAAGCAACUUUCAGAACCAUGUGAUAGAUGCACAAAAAGAGAGGCAAGUCUAUAAUGACUGCAUUAAAAUGGCAAAAGAGUCCUACCAAAAUGAAAACCUGGAAAAGUACGUACAUUACACGUUUGACUUUUGCCAGAAUGUUAGUAUCCCUCACCAUUCCAGACAAAUGGGCCCCUUGUAUUUUCUCACUCUGAGAAAAGUGCAGAUUUUUGGUUUUCGGAUCGAUGGAAUGCCUAAACAGUUGAACUUUCUAAUAGAUGAAAACGAAACUAUUGGGAAAGAUGGAACGUCAACACAUGGGCCGAAUGCAGUUAUAUCCAUGAUAGAUUAUGCCAAGAAUUCGUACAGUACUGGGGAAACAAAGUGUGCCAUACAUGCUGAUAAUUGUCCAGGCCAGAACAAGAAUCAGUAUGUGAUUGGAUAUUUCAUGUGGCGUGUCAUGACAGGAAGACACCAGGAGAUCGAAUACCAUAUGCAGAUUCCUGGGCAUGCACGCUGCCUUGUUGACAGUGGAUUUGCUUCUUUAAAGAAGCUUUACCGGCGCACCGAUUGUGAUUCCCUUGUUCAGUUGCAACACGUUGUUGAUAUGUCGUCUGCUACAAAUGAAGCUGUUCGAUAUCCUGCUUGGCAAUGGCGUGACUGGAAAUCGUUCUUGGGACCUGUUAUUAAACCAAUGCGUGGGAUAAGGAAGUACCAGUACUUCAAGAUGUCUUCUGACAAACCUGGUGUAGUAACUGUGAAAGAGAACAGAGACACAGAUGAAACGACAGUAAACGUGCUGCGGUUUCAGGAUCGUGUAUUUCCAGCAGACGACUUACCAACAGUUAUCCCUGCCCAUGGACUUACACGAGAACGCCAGGAUUACCUUUAUAAGGCCGUCAGACCUUAUGUACGCCCAAUGCACCAGGAUAGCACGUGCCCAGCGCCUAGUGAUCAGUAGUUGUUUGACAUUUGUAGACACUUGAAUUGGAAUAUAUAUGAGCCGCGUCACGGAAAAAUGUGCCUUCGGGAAUCUUCGAGGCUUUGCGACCAGCGUGGACCCGGAUCAACAUGCGCAUCCGCGCAGUACGAUCAGGGCCCACACUGUUCGUUGUUACGUCAAAGAAGGCUUAUUUUACCUGAAGAUGCAUUUUCAGGUGUAUUAAUGCUCAGGACAGCCUAAAUAAACACUUUCCGGAACUUCACGAAGAUUCCCGAAGACACAUUUUCUCGUGUCGGGGCUCAUAUGUACUGGUA